CCUCAACCAGCCAGACAGCCACGGCUUCCCUUUUCUACCCAAAAGCUUGCCGCACUUGCUCUAUCCCUCUCUUCUUUCUUCCCCAAAAGCGGCGGCGGCGGCGGCGGGGAAGCGGCAGCACAGCAGAAAGGAAAGGGAAGGAGCGGCGGAAGCAAGCAGGAGCAGCAGCCGAUCUGGUGCGAGGGCGAGAGGAAUCAGAUCCAUGGCCCAGGUGAUUACUACAUUAGUUCUUAGGGAUGUGCCUCAGUUCAUCCGUGACCUGUGUGCUGAAGACGAUGCUGAUAUUAAUGCUGUUCACGAGGCGGUAAAGAAGAUACUGAAUCCUCUAGCAGCUACUGAGUUGGUGACUUGUCCAGAUGUUGAGAACAUACGUGUGCAGUUUUUCUCACUCGAAGAAGCUACAUACGUGAAGGAGUGUUUCGAUUUGGUCAAUAUGGGCAUGAAGUUGCAGUUCAGUGAAUUUAACAUAUCAUCCCAGCAGCAACAACAGCCAGAUAUUUCUUACACAGUUAUUCAGAGGGACAUUUAUAGGCGGAGAUGGGACGGUACAUUUACUGUUCCUUAUGCUACUGAUCCUUCAUGGUUUAACCGCUGGUUCCCACUACAGACAGAAAUAGGACGAGACUGCUAUUUUUAGAUGUUCAGCUUGAGGUACUGUAUUUUUUGGCGACUAUAGGUCGAAUUGAUCCUGGGUCCUGGCCGUGUUGUAUAGUUAUCACAACAUGGGGCCUACUUUUUUUUUUUGGAUACCUCAGGGAAUAACUAUCUUUUCCUGGGAGAUUGACUAGCUAAAGAAAUUACCUAGGAUGGUAUUUGUUUUCUUCCAUAACACUGGUUCUAAAUCUGCGAUUAGGAUUGCACUCGUGGAAUGUUUUGUACUAGGUGAAUUAUUUGGGCGUCUCUAAAGGUAUGUGAGUGGACUUGGUAAAGUGGAAACGAGGGGAUUUGGUAUAGGAAAUCAAAUGAUAUCAUGUUUUUGUGUAGAUGGUAUGGCUUUCAAUCUGUCACUGCCAUUGUCUGCCUCAAAUGAAUUGGUAUGAUUUGGAUAGCUUUCAACAUGUACGCAGAGCACAGUGUGGAUCUGAUGUAUAUUUGUAUUUGUGACAAUACAAGAU